AUGAAACUCUUGGUUUUAGGUGCAGCACUGGCUGUGUGUGCUUUUGUUUUGAAUCUCCAACAGGUUGCCGGAGACAUUCCCGUACAUUGCCUCUUCCAUCAAGUAUUUGGUGAUUGGAAGUUUACUUUGACUCCAGCACAAUACUCCAACGAUGUCGUCCACAACACUUGUUCCAUGACUUCUGCUUUACCAAACACUGCGAACACAACAUUGAACUUGAGAUUGCUCGCUCCCGACGUGGCCUAUGAUGAUCAGGGCAACCAAGGCUUUUGGACUUUAAUUUAUGACCAAGGAAUGGAGAUUGUCAUCAACAAACAAAAAUAUUUUGCAUUCUUCAAUUAUACACAAAAGGGUCAAGUUGUCACCAGUAAUUGUGGUCAAACAUUCACUGGUUGGUAUCACGACGCUGUGAUUGCUGCUAAACGUUUCGGUUGUUUCAGAGGUGUACGAGUAGGUGCUCCUUCUGAAUCUGUGAGCACACAUAUUGAACCAGUUCGUGCCAACUUGCAUGAAAAGAUCUUUGUUAACAAUGCAGAGAAAAUUAAUAGCAUUAAUAAGAGCCAAAAACUCUGGAAGGCAAAAGCCUAUCCACAAUUUGAAGGAAAAACUUUUGCAGAAUUGAGAAGAAUUGCUGGACGUCAUGUUCCUAAAUUCAGAAAGGAUGCCUUGAAGAUUCAAAAACAAAAAAUCCAAUCCAUGUUCCCAACUCAAACACGUCAUAGAGGUCAAAAGAAAGUGAUCACUGAAGAAGAUAUUAAGGCUCUUCCAACAGAAUUUAGUUGGACCAAUGUCAAUGGAAAGGAUUAUGUUGUACCUGUGAGAGAUCAAGGUCAAUGUGGUUCAUGCUAUGCCUUCUCUACUAGUGACAUGUUUGGAAGUAGAGUUAGAGUUGCAACUAAUGGUACCAAACAACCAGUUUACUCUCCACAAGAUAUUGUGGAUUGUUCUGCUUAUUCUCAAGGAUGUGAUGGUGGUUUCAUGUAUUUGGUAUCCAAGUACGCUGAAGAUUAUGGUUUGACUCUUGAGAGUUGUGAUCCUUAUCUUGGACAAGAUGGUACUUGCCGUAAUUACUGUCCAAGUAUUAAGAGAGAUUUUGGAACAAAUUAUGCUUAUUGUGGUGGAUUUUAUGGUGCAACUAAUGAGAAGAAUAUGAUGUAUGAUUUGUAUCAUGGAGGCCCUGUAGCAAUUGCAUUUGAGGUUUUUGAUGACUUUUUCAACUAUCACUCUGGUGUUUAUACUCACAAAACUGCUUCUGAUUUGAAGCUUAAUGAUCCUCACUGGGAACAAACAAAUCAUGCUGUCUUACUGGUUGGUUGGGGAGUCGAGAACGGUACACCUUACUGGUUGGUUAAAAACUCAUGGGGUACUGGUUGGGGUAUCAAUGGUUACUUUAAGAUUAAACGAGGAGUCGACGAGUGUGACUGUGAAAGUGAAGCUGUAGUCGCAGAUCCAGUUCUCUAA